GACUACUCCAGUCGGAAAAGACGCAGACGCUCAGUCGACAAAACAAUGGGUGGCAAAAAUAAACAGAGAACGAAAGGAAAUGUUCGGCCAUCCAGCAGUGGCAGAGCUGCUGAUCUGUUGGCCAGGGAAAGUGGCGUUGUACCCGGGUUUGUGGGAUUCGGUGUCUCCACCUCCAGUGAUCCAGGAUAUGUACCUGCAGUACAGGGGGCAGAGGAGAUAGACAAUCAGGUUGAUGCAGACUUCCGCAUGGUUCUACGAAAGCUGUCCAAGAGAGAUGCAGUCACAAAAUUGAAGGCAGUACAAGAGUUUGGAGCAAUGUGUCAAGAGCGACAGCCUGAUGUUGUAAAAGGUGUCCUCCCAUAUUGGCCUCGGAUAUACUGCCGAAUAUCAAUGGACCAUGAUCGCCGUGUGCGAGAGGCCACACAGCAGGCCUUUGAGCAGCUGGUUUUAAAAGUGAAGAGGAAUCUGGCCCCCUACCUGAAGAGCAUCAUGGGUCACUGGCUCAUCUCUCAGUGUGACACAUACUCUCCUGCUGCCUCGGCUGCCAGCGCUGCUUUCCAGGCCGCAUUUCCCCUGAAUAAACAGCCAGAGGCCAUCAGCUUCUGUAAAGAUGAAGUCCUGAAUGUUCUCCAAGACAAUUUGCUGAAAGAAACAGCUGACACUCUCAGUGACCCUCACAGUGUGCCAGAGGAGGAACGAGAGGCUAAGUUUAUCCGUCUGUUGACCAGCUCUUUGCUGGCUCUGAAGAGACUGCUGAGCAUUUUACCUGAGCAGGACAGAGAGCUUCUAAAGGAGCGACUGACACAACUCAUCACACAGGGCAAAUUCUGGAAGUACAGCAAACACAAGACCCCACAGAUUCGAGGAGCGUUUUUUGAGCUGAUUGCCACCAUGUGUGCACACACACCCCAGCUGAUCCAGGCAGAAGCGGCCCGAGCUUGUUCUGCUGUGCUGCUGUCAAUUGACGACACAGACCCAGUGGUGCUACCCCCUCUGUGGGAGGCGGUCCUCCAUAUUCUGUCCUGCGUUGAUAACUGCUGGACGCAUGUCAGUGCCAGGAAAGGCGUGAUGCCGAAGCUCUGGGUGCUUCUUAAAGAAGGAGGUCGAGGUCUUGCAACAUCUCUGCAUCCAAACAUGCUCCCGUUUAUAAGCAAACUGCCAGCAGAGGUCACACAGCCCAACCUGGAGUUCUCUAGGACAUUCCUCACAUCUGUCAUACAGGGGUUGUCGAGUGAUCGUGCUAAGUCCAGUCCCUCAGAGAGUGCGGCCAUCAUUUUUGCCACAAUGGAGUGCCUUCGGUUUAUCAUCCUGCAGAACGUCGGAGACGAGCAGGAGCAGAGAAACAUCCAGAACAUGCUGAUCUCAGAACAGCUUCUGCCAUUGAUUGACAGAGCUCUGGGAAACCCAUCGCUGCAGACGGGUCCUCUGUUCCCUCAGGUCUCAGAUAUGCUUCUGUCCUGGGAAAAGCGGGCAGUUGGGAAAGAGGCUCCCACCUUUCAAAGACUGUUGUCAGACUUCUGGGAGGGUCUGGGUCGCUUGUGCACAACUUACGUGGACUGUGAAGAAGCCGAGCGAACCGCCCUGGAGGGUAUUGCAUCGCUCCUGCAGAUUAUGCAUAACCCGAACAGUGCCAGCAAACAGACUAAGAAGAAAAAAACUGUGAAAAUUUGCUUCACGGACAGAGAAGAAAGAGGCCAAGGUGAGGAACCUCCUAUGGAAUCUCCAGCAUUGGAGGAGCAACACUAUCCCUUGAGAAAUGGACACCUGCUGGAUUUGGUGUGCCAGCUGGCGGAGCUCAACAUGUUGUACGUGAGCAAACGUGAGUCGGAAAGGCACCUGCGCUUUUUGUCUCAGCUGCUCAGGGUGUUCCCAAGUCCUCAGGUGUUCCAGGUGCUGCUGAGGCCGGAGGAAAUGAAGCCUGAAAUGGGGCCGGAGCUCAGGCCGCUUGCUGAGAAUGCAGCUGUCCACUUUCUCCUGCAAAGAGUGACUAUAUGGUUAAAACAAGAUGACAGGAAGGACACUGACUUCCUGGUGGACAUGGUUUUCAGUUCCCUGCAGUGCUGCUGCUCCAGUGAUGACAAGACACUGAUCCUCAACCACAUCAGUAGGGAUUUGAAUUGGAGUGUGACUCUUCAACUUAUUGAAAAGGCGUGUGCAGAUCCCGUCCGGUUGGAGGUGUUUAUUGGCUGGCUAAGGGGUCCUGUGUUAGGGGAGAGGUUGGUGGGUCUGGCAGGAGAGCUGUGUGUGAUGGGUCUGCGUGGAUCCCCUUCUUCAUCAUCCCAUCAUGCACACGGCUGGCCUCUCAUCAGCCUCGCUCUGUCACAGCAGCACAAUAAUGAUCCUCUCAUUGGCAAGGCGUAUGUCGAGCAGAUCAUUGACAAGCUUCACGCCACCCUGUCAGAAGCAAAGGGAAUGUCAGACGCUGGGAACAUGGAGCCGCUAGUCACUUUCAUCUCUGAUGUGGCUGCCACCUUCUUUUCUUCGAUUAAGGGCUGCCUGCUGCUGGCGUCUGCCGAGGAAUUGCUUAUGACUGUUUUCCAGCUUUGUGCACAGUACCAAACCAUCACUCACCUCUCAGAUGCUCUUCUGAUGAACCUGCAGCACGCCUACACUGCUGGCAUUCAAUCAUUGAUCACUAACCUGGGUGCAGGGGUCACGAAGGGCACCCUCCUCCACAACAUUGCACUCUGGGUUAAAAGUCAGCUGCUCACCACACCACUGACAGUCAAAAGUCUGCAGCUUCUGGUUCAGGCUGUGGAAAGUCUGGCUCAGACCAUCGCCUUGGCCCAGAAGACCAGCUGUCUCCUGUCUCAGUUUAUCGUCUGUCUUAAUCCUACUGAAGAGGAAUGGAGUCGCAUUAGAUGGGCUCUGCUGCCUCAGUGGGUUAGACACCCUCUACUGUGUGGUCGUCUCAGAGUCACUGGUGAAUACCCCUGCAUGGACGUAUGGAAGUUCAGGGCGACUAACCGGCUGCCAGCACACCUGUGUGUAAGUGCAUUACUGGGCAGAAUCAUCUUCACUGCAACUUCACCUGAUGACCAGCAGGUGGAGGCAGACUUCUCUGAAAUUCCUGAUCUCAAACACAUAGUUUCAGAGAUUUUCUAUGGACUUCAGUGGUGUGAAGAAAUGGAGCUGUCACCACUCGUGGUGUCUGAAUAUCACAAACUGCUGCAGUCCUGGAGUUUAGAGCAGAGAAUCCACAACAGCAGCCUGAUCAAAACCACUCUGUUAGACACAGUUUUCACAAGGUCACAAGAAGAGGGCUCCCUCUGGUCACUAGCUCUGGCAAAAUACAUGCAGAACAGCAAAAUGGAACCAAGCCACAUUAAGGCCUUAUAUGGCAAUGUAGAAAGUUUCUUUCCCCUCUCAGAACACAGUGUGAGCACGGUGCAGGUGCUAUGUCCAUUUCUAGCCAGUGAAGAGAGAGAAUCCCUCAUCGCCUUGUGUGUCGCAGAGCUCCUUAACUGGCAGGACAGAGAGCAGGACUGCAUUGAUGGUGUGUGGGGCUGUCUGGCCGUGCUGCUCUGCUGUCUACAGGCCGACACGGCUGUGGAGGAUGAGAUCUUGUUGGCUGUCGUAGCCACGAUUGCCGAAUGGAGGACCAGUAGGGAGGAAUGGUUCCUCUUCAACAGUGACCUUGGAAAAGUUUCAGCCACAUGGCUCUUAUUGACUGUAGAAAUUAUGCGUUUCCUGUGCUGGAUGGUGGAUCAUUCUCCUACAGUCUUGGGAAACACUCAUUGGGAUCUCCUGCUCUGCUCCAUGCUGGCAUGGCUUGAGACUGCCCGUGAGAACAGCAGGAUGUUCUGGAACCCUUGGGUACAGCUGUUUGUGUGUGCAAACUGUGACCUGAUUGUGAGGCUGAGUGAGUUUUUCACGUCGCCCCCUGCUGGUGUGGAGGAACAGCUUCCUCCAGAGCUGAACUCUGAGUGGAAGGAGUUCUUUUUGGAGGGAAUUCACAACCUUCUGCUCCCACUGCUUAUUAAAAUCCCCGUGGACUUUACAGAGCCAGAUGAUCCUUUGUUCCCCCUGGCGGUAUUGAGGGCAGUGGGGGAGGCUCUUACCUACAUCCCCGUGGAGCUGCUCACACAGAAUAAACUCCCUCCUCGGUUUGUAGCUGACCAAAGGAGCAGUCUGCCAGAGCCCCUCCAGACCCUGCUGAAUACCCUCUCACCCCUGCUGCUCUUCAAAGCCCGGCCGUUACAGCUCGCGGUCUACCACAUCCUACACAAGGUGAUGCCUUUGUUGCCAGAGAGUGACAGUAGGUCUCCUCCAGCAGCGUUAAUGAGCAUCCUUUCUGCCACAGAAGAGCUCUUGGACAGUAUUCUAGGUGGUGUGCAAGUGGGCGAGUUUGCAGUGGUGCAGCCCCUCAGUAUGGAGCACUGCUGCAUUCUGGGAUAUCUUCUGGCCUGGAAACUCCUCUUCACCUUCUUCAAGGCUUCUUCAUCUCAUCUGCGAGCUCAGUACUCUCUGCAUUUGAAAAAGACUCAUUCUCUUCAUAAACUCCUACUUCACCUGUUCCGUCUGAUGCCAGAGAUCCCAUCAGUGCCUGGGCAGCCAGCAGAACCCUCAAGCAAAGAACCGAAAACCUUCUUCACUGAGAGUUUGUCUCUCUCCCCCCGGAAAACUGAAGGUCUGCAGUUUGAGGUUCCCCAUCUGGCCUGCUCCGUAUACUAUGGUGCGUUGAAAGACUUGCCUGCAAUGGUGCGUCUGUGGUGGAACAGCCAAGAGAAACGCGUCUUCAGCACGGUGGAUAAAUUCACCAGCAAGUACGUCAGCGGCGUUUUGUCUGUGCAGGAGAUUGCAUCUGUGCAGUCCAGCACCCAGACUUUUGAGAACAUGACGGUGAAAGCACGGUCUGCCACGCGGGAGGUGAUCGCGACUUACUCUGUUGACGAUAUCUUCAUAGAGCUGGUGAUUCAGCUACCUCAGAAUUAUCCGCUCGGCUCUAUCUUAGUGGAGAGUGGGCGGAGAGUGGGUGUGGCCGUUCAGCAGUGGCGCAAUUGGAUGCUUCAGCUCAACACGUACCUCACACACCAGAAUGGCAGUAUUCUGGAAGGUCUGUCGCUGUGGAAGAACAAUGUUGACAAGCGUUUUGAGGGGGUGGAGGACUGUAUGAUCUGCUUCUCUGUCAUUCACGGAUCUAAUUACUCGCUGCCAAAGAAAGCCUGCCGUACCUGCAAAAAGAAGUUCCACUCCGCCUGUCUGUAUAAAUGGUUCACAUCUAGCAACAAAUCCACAUGUCCUCUGUGCCGAGAGACUUUCUUCUAAGCUCUGUCUCCAUGGACACAAAUAAUACGUGAAUGACAUCCUCGGCAAACAGCUGACUCAGAAAGAAAUGUUCUGUUUGUUUGUUUGUACAUUCGAUUUUUGCAGUGCUGCAAAUUACCAUGGCCUUUUAGUUUCUGAUUCUGAAGAUGCACCCAACAACACCUGUCACAAACAACGGAAUGAACAAACAGUCGGAAUUCUAAAAAAACAAAGUACCCGGACUGGAUUAAAGACAGCUUGACAGGAAAAUGAAGGCUUAACAAGCCUGAGAAUUCAGGCCUUAAAGGAAUAGUUCACCAAAAAUCAACAUUUUGUCAUUAUUUGCACAUACUCAUGUCAUUCCAAACUUGUUUCAUGUUACAGAAUUUUGAGGGAUCUUGACACUUUUUUUCCUCAACACAUCUGUCAAGCCCCAAAAAAGAAGAGAGUAUGAAUAAAAAAACGUUAUAGUACAAGAUGCUAAAAAUAGAAGUCAUAUGGUAGCUUAGUGAAUGGCACAAAAUGUAGGUUGUUGUACUCUUUUUGUUUUAAUCAAAUGUAGCUGCAUAGAGGUUUGGGAUGACAUGGGUAAAUAAUCACAAAAUGUUAAUUUUUUUUGUGUGUACUAUUUCUUUAAAUUAAAUCAAUUUAAAGUUGGCAAGAUGGUUCAUCAUAUAUCAGGUUACAUAAAUUUGCCAUUCACAAGUAGAUCUUCUGGUGAAAUCAAAGUGUUCAUAGUUUCUACUGAUGUGGAAAAUAAUGUAUUUUGCUCUGAUAAAUGUGGGACCAUAUGGAUGACCUGUAUAGAAAAUAAUGGACCGAGUUUUGGCUUUUUAUCUCAGCUUGAUGAUAUUUUGUAUAAUGACACAUAAUGCUGUAUGCUGCAGACAUUUCUGUUUGCUUUGUUCUUUAGUUGUCAUGGAUUGUGUAACAUGACACAAUUUGUGGUCCUGAAAUACAGAUCAUACUUUCAGCCUCAAUGUUUAUCAUAUGUCAUUUUACGUAAUCUGCUUCGGUCAAUCACAGUGUGUCACACUAUCUGUGCAUUUGUGUCUGUUCCUCCGAGUCACGGUAGCUUAUCUAUUGAAGCUGCAAGGUAAGCUGCAGUUUGCAUGUACGCAGGGAAGACAUUCAUUGAAGAAUAAUUUCAGAUGCAAAAAUGGUCUGUGAUGAAAGCACAUCUAAAUCCAUCGGUUUCACGGCUAUUACUAUUUAAUAGAUGUUCCCAUUGAAGAGCCACAUGUAUUGCAUGAUGCAGAACACUACCUGAAACAAAUAUGAACAAAACCAUGUCUCUCCUCUAGCCAUGUUUAAAUUUUAUAAACUCGUUCAUGUUAUUGAAGCUUUUGUGAGUAGUGAGAUAGGAAAUGACUUUGAUCUUCAAUCCCAUAUGGCUGUGGGUUUCCUCUACACAACCAGUGUGACCAAGUGGUUGAACUGUCAAACUACCUCAUGACUACACAGAUGGUUUUACUAGCAUAUUUGGACAGAA